AUGCGGUCUAGCCCGUCGACGUGUCUUGGGGAAACUCACGCCCAGCCCACCACGCCCAUGGCCCUGAAAACGGUUCAGAGCCAAGUCGAACUCUGGGGGGGGGGGGGAGUGAGUCCCUUCUCUUCUUUUUCCCUUCAGUGCGUUGUGCGUCCUGCUUUCAUGUCAGGCCCUGACUCUCUGACGGUCCUUGGUGCAUCUGCCUAUUCAACAGUCGUGUCUGGACAGCGUCCUCUCGACAUUCUGGAAGGGGGGCUUCCUCCCCCCCCCCCCCUCCUCCUUUCUCUCUCUUCACUGCCUUCAGUCCGUGGCGUCGAGAGAGACUUUGCCGAAACAGUCGAUCAAUGGGAACUCUCGCACAUGUUCGCCGGGCGGCAAAACUGGCAGCUGUCACGCCCAAGCCUCAGCCCCCGUCUCGACUCGCCCUUCCUGGGCCGCCGCCGCCACGACAUUGCUCCUGGGCUGUGGCAAGUGGUUGAAGGAAAGCCACCUCAUGCAGCCCACGUCGCAGACGCACAGCUCACGAGUCGCGUCUGGUUGAGCGUCGUCGUAACCCGGGAACUGCGACGUGACCAACAAGGCCGUAUGGAUUCCCUUGCUCGCCUUGUCAGCCUCCUGAAGUUUUCAGCCGAUGUUCUCACUGAUGUUCUCACUGAUGUUCUCACUGAUGUUCUCACUGAUGUUCUCACUGAUGUUCUCACCGAUGAUCUCACUGAGGCUCUCACUGACACACAACGACAUCCGCCAGGAAAACACUUCAUCCAAAACCGCAAAAUGGUCCUCCUCAAGACCGUCAAUCGAGUAGCAUGCUCCAGCCUCCGCCUCAGCCCUAGGCUGACCUGA